AUGGGGGACAGGCUGAAAGACAAGUCGAACAAGCAGCGUGUGCAGCUGGGCCUCGAUCCCACGGAUGUCCCUGUGCCGAUUGAUGAAGAUGGUGAAGAAGGGGUGGAAGGCCUUCCGACGAGUCCCGGCCAAAAGAGAGCUGGGGUCGAGAUGGCCGGGGCCAGAAAGGGAAGCCGCACAGAUGGUAAGGGCGAGAGCAAGACGAUCACGCUGGAUGUUGACAGUCUUCGGGCGCUCCUUCGAGAGCAAAGUGAUGAGUUGCUCGGUCGUCAACGGGAGCAAUUAGACGCGGCCAUCGGUGACCUGGAGGGGCGAACCUUGGCUCGCGUAGAAGCAGUGCAGGACCAGGUCCAGGGGCUCACGGGGCGACAGGUGGACCUGGAGGGCAAGGUUGAGAGCUUAGAGAAGGGAUUGGCCGAAUUGACGGACCUGGUGCGCAACGGAGGGCGCGCCGCGGAUGUGACCACCAGGGAUGCAUUGGACGAGAAGAGGAAGACCACACUGGUGGUAGGGGGCUGGCCGAAAGACUCCAAACGACGACUCAUCCUCCACGAUCUUCAGCAAGCCAUUGAGGCCCUCGGCUUGCAGGGUGCGAUCACGGGGGAGCCCUUCGUUACUGGACCCAGGAGAUCCGUAGCCUUGGUUCCGAUGCCGAAAGCGCCGGGGGAAUCUGACCAACAUCACCGAGAUAGGAUGUUCGGUGUGGUUCAGAAGUUCUCAGGGUCUGAAGUACUCACUAAGGACGGGGCAAAGCUGUGGUGUGCCUUCUCGAAGACUCAGGAACAGCGAAUCAUCUCAGGACAUGCUGCGCUUCUCAAGCGUGUGGUUACCGCAGCAGGUCAGGCCGCGGGUGACCUCUUGGACUUCGAAUGGAAGACGGGGACAACAUGGUCCGACGAGGGCAUGGUGGGAAGCGCCUGCCUCCCGGUCCCACCAGGGGUGGACAUGAGGAAGGUGGUGGUCUUCGAGGAGACCACACAAAAGCACUGGGUCGACCUCACACUUCUAUCCCGCCUGACGAAGAGGCUAGUCAAAGAAACUGCUCAGCUUGUGGAAGAGCAGAAGGAAGUAUGUACAGAUGGUCAGAAUGAUAUCCUUGAAUUCAAAGUCAAUGGUUGGAAUGUUGGAGGUUGUGAAAUCAGCGACCUCGAGCAGCACUUCCGAGAUGGUUGUGAGUGUUCCCUUUCAGCGGACUCUUUGCUGACCUUGCAGGAGCUGCCGCGGGAUAAAGCAGGGUGGUCCAAGCAGGAGUGGGGAUUGGAUACAGAGACAGUGAGUGGGCACUACUCCGUCGUGCAUGGUCGGGCAGAGGGGCGAGCGAGGGUAUGUAAGACGCCGGCGGCGUGGAAGGAGGGAUUUGCGGCAUCUCAGGAGGGCGACCCACAUCAGGCAGUGCACGACCGCCUCACUCAAGUGUAUGCUGGGGUUCCCCCGCUUCCUAACCAGGGACCGCCCGUCGGGGAGGUGCAGGGAUUUACAGAGGAGGAAUUGGACAGAGCUCUGGAGCAGAUGCAACCAGGCAAGUCUGUUGGCAGUGACGGGACAAGCAAGGAACUGCUGGUUGGGCUUUGUGGACUAGAAGGGGGCAAAUCUUUACUGCUCGAGUUCCUCACUCGGGUCUUGACGACGCAGGAAAUUCCUGAACAGUGGAAUGUCCCCCUCAUGAUCCUUUUACCCAAACUUACACAGCCACUAGCUCCGAAGGAUCUGAGACCGAUUUCAAUGAGCUCAGCAAUCAGCAAACUGUUCUCUCGUCUCCUUCUCAACCGAUGCUUGACACGCCUUUCGUUGUCUACGCAUGCCCAGUGCUCUGGACCUGGAAGGCAGACUUCGGAUUAUGUUUUUGCAAUCUGGAGGGUGCUGGAACUAGAACGUGAAUGGCACCGAGGGCUCUGUGUAGCCAAGUUGGAUAUCUCCAAAGCAUUCGACACUGUUUCGAGGGAAAGGAUCCUGGAUAAGCCAGAGGCUGGGAGAUACACCUGA